AAAUUGUGGAAAAGCAUGGUGCGUCAUUUUGCCGGCUGUCCUUCUCACGCCGCGCAAUUGGGAGUCAUAGCAAUAUGAACUUAGACUUCCUGUGAUCAAAACUUUCUUGUCCUCCCGAAUCCCUUCAAUUGCCAUCGAUCUACCUUUGUGGAGCCCUCCACAGCCGAUUUCAGUUUGGACCCUUCAUAACACGACACUCGAACUGUACGCCAAUUGACCGUCGCAAUGGGCUCAGUGCCUAUCCCAAACAUUCCAGAUCCCACGGCGGACCUGCAUUGGUCUGACUUCAAGGGACCGAUCCACGAAAUCUUCGCCGCAAAUGCACGAAAGCACCCCGAUCGAGCAUGCGUCGUCGAAACCGCGACUAGUAAGACACCGGAGCGACGAUUUACAUACAAGCAGAUAUUCGAGGCUACCUCGGUUCUGUCACAUCACUUCGUGCAGCAUGGCGUACAGAGAGGGGAGGUCGUCAUGAUCUUCGCCCACCGCGGCGUGGAUCUGGUGGUUGCGAUAAUGGCUGUACUGGCAGCAGGAGCUACAUUCUCCGUGCUGGAUCCACUAUACCCGCCAGACCGCCAAUGCAUCUAUCUCGAAGUGUCCCAGCCCCGCGCGCUCGUCGUAAUCGACAAAGCCACCCGCGAAGCCGGCCCCCUCUCCGACCAAGUGCGCGAAUACAUGGCCCAGAACCUAGACCUGCGGACAGAGGUACCAGCACUACAACUGAAGGAUGAUGGGACACUGGUUGGAGGCGCCAAGGACGGCAAGGACUGUCUUGAUGAUCAACAGAAGCUGAAGGCGGACUUGCCAGGAGUCUUGGUGGGACCCGAUUCCACGCCCACGCUGUCCUUCACGUCUGGGUCCGAAGGUCGGCCGAAGGGCGUCAAGGGGCGACACUUUUCCUUGACGCACUACUUCCCGUGGAUGGCAGAGACAUUUGGCCUCUCGGACAAGGACAAGUUCACAAUGUUGUCUGGCAUUGCGCACGAUCCGAUUCAGCGGGACAUAUUUACACCGUUGUUCCUCGGUGCGCAAUUGCUGGUCCCCAGUAAGGAAGAUAUCCAGCACGAGAAGCUCGCUGAGUGGAUGCGCAAAUACGGUGCGACGGUGACCCAUUUGACCCCGGCCAUGGGUCAAAUUCUCGUGGGAGGCGCCUCAGCGAUAUUCCCGAGCUUGCAUCAUUCAUUCUUCGUAGGCGAUUUACUGAUCAAGAGAGACUGCAGAAGGUUGCAGGACCUUGCCCCUAACGUUCGCAUUGUUAACAUGUACGGAACGACGGAGACGCAGAGAGCUGUCAGCUAUUACGAAUUGCCGAGUCGAAGCGAAGCCCCAGAAUUCCUUGAUGCUCUUGGAGAAGUGAUUCCAGCAGGCCGCGGCAUGAACAAUGUCCAAUUGCUUGUGGUAGACCGAGAAGACCGGAAUAGGAUAUGUGAACCUGGUCAGAGCGGCGAGAUCUACGUGCGCGCCGGUGGGCUAGCGGAAGAGUACCUGGGGCUGCCGGAUCAGACCGCUACCAAGUUCGUAGAGAAUUGGUUUGUGGACCCUAAGAGGUGGGUGGAAGAAGACAAUAAGAAGGUCGAGGCACAAGGCGAGCCGGAACCAUGGAGACAGUUCUGGAAUGGUCCUCGAGAUAGACUAUACAGAUCAGGGGAUUUGGGGCACUAUGGGGCUGAUGGCAAUGUCCACUGCACAGGGCGAGUCGAUAACCAGGUGAAGGUUCGAGGGUUCCGCAUCGAACUUGGCGAGAUCGAUUCUCACCUUGCCGCUCAUGGCCUGGUUCGAGAGAACGUCACUCUGCUCAGGCGUGACGCUUAUGAAGAACCAACCCUCGUCAGCUACAUUGUCCCUGAGAUGAAACGCUGGUUCCAGUGGCUACAAGAGCGAGGCGCCACCGAAAGCGUGACCGAGGAUACCAGCAUGGUGGCACUGCUUAAGCGGUUCAAAUACCUUCGAGAUGAUGUACGAGAACAUCUUAAGAAGAAGCUGCCUGCAUAUGCAGUUCCAUCCGUCAUAGUCCCUUUGAUCCGAUUCCCGCUGAACCCCAACGGCAAAAUUGAUCGGCCUGCUUUGCCUUUUCCCGAACCCGCACAGCUCGCGGCAGCAGGCGCAAGGCGACCUUCCCAGCUCGGAAAGACUCUGACUGCCACGGAGAAGACCAUGGCAGGUAUUUGGGCGGAGCUAUUGGGCGACCGCGGAGUCACCGCUGAGGGCAUCAGCGGCAGCGACUCCUUCUUCGAUCUUGGAGGACACAGUAUCAUUGCUCAGCAACUGCUCUUCAAGAUCCGCCAGCAGUGGAAGGAUAUUGACGUCCCCAUGAACACAAUCUUUCAAUACCCUACUCUGCGAGGAUUCUCAUCGAGCAUUGAUCAGGCAUUGGAUCCCAUUGGUCUACGUCUUGAUAACCAAGAAGCCAUUGACGACGAACCUGAGGACGAAGACUACUCUGCCGAUGCACGCGAUCUCGCCAAACAGCUGACAGGAUUCAAGACCAAGGAGCCACUAAAGCCAGGCCAGGAAGUACACACAUUUCUCACCGGUGCUACUGGGUUCCUUGGAGCCUAUGUACUGCGAGAUCUCCUUGCGCGGAAUGGAACAGUCACCAUUCUGGUGCGAGCUAAGGAUGCCGAUGCGGGGCUCGGUCGUAUCCAACAAACAUGUCAAGCGUAUGGCAUCUGGGACGACAGCUGGACAAACCGACUAGAAGCUGUCGUCGGCGAUCUCGAGAAGACCAACUUCGGCCUCUCUCCCGAUACCUGGAAUAAGCUCGCAGACUCCGUCGACGUCGUCAUCCACAACGGCGCCCUCGUCCACUGGGUGCUCCCCUAUUCGCGUCUCCGCGCUCCUAACGUGGUUAGCACCGUAACAGCACUUUCCCUCUGCGCCAUCGGCAAGCCAAAGAACUUUAGCCUCGUUAGCUCAACCUCUGUCCUCGACUCAGAGCACUAUGUCGAGCUGUCCGAAAAAAGUGUGGCAAAGGGCGGCACCGGCGUCCCUGAAUCAGAUGACCUCGAAGGCUCUCGCAAAGGUCUAGGGACCGGAUACGGCCAGAGCAAAUGGGCUGCCGAAUACCUCACGCGCCAAGCAGGCAAGAAAGGCCUCGCAGGAUGCGUCAUCCGUCCCGGCUACGUAACCGGCGACCCAGAAACCGGCACAACGAACACAGACGACUUCCUCGUCCGCAUGCUCAAAGGCUGCAUCCAGCUCAAGUCCCGCCCCGACAUCACAAACACCAUCAACAUGGUCCCCGUCACGCACGUCGCGCGCGUCGUCGUCGCAUCCUCUUUCAACCCCCCAGCCCCCCCCCUCGCCGUGGCCCAGAUAACCUCGCACCCGCGCAUCACCGUCAACACGUUCCUCGGCAGCUUGGAGAAAUACGGAUACACGGUCCCGCAAGUCGACUACGCGCAAUGGAAGAAGAACAUGGAAGCUUAUGUCGCGGACCGCUCGGGCACAAAGGAGGAACAUGCCCUCCUGCCCCUAUAUCAUUUCGUCACUGGCGAUCUACCCGCGGAUACGAAGGCGCCUGAGCUGGAUGACAGGAAUGCGGCGGAGGCGCUGCGCAAGGAUAAGGAGUUGACGGGCCAGGAUUGGAGUGCGGGUGGGAAGGUGGAUGAGCAGAUGGUGGGCGUGUAUGUGAGUUACCUGAUCGAGCUCGGGUUCAUGCCUCGGCCGGAGGGCAAGGUCGACAGGGAGUUGCCCGCUGUGCGGUUAACUGAAGGGAUGAGGGAAGGGAUGAAGAAGGUGGGUGGGAGGAGGGGUGUGUGAUUUCUUUCUCUUUUCUGCCACGAGCAGUCUGGGCUGGAUAUGUCUCCUUGUUGUUAGGGCUAGAUAAAAGGUGAAAAGCGCAAAAUCGGCUGUCUAUGUGUAAAUGAUAG